AGCUAAUUAGUUCGUAGUUAUUUUUUAAAAAUCCGAAAAGGCUCCGAAAGCCUUUAAUUGGCGCAGUCGGCGCGGAUUUCGGAAAGUAUAUUCUACCGCCGUGAGUGCUUCCGCGAACGAAUAUCGCGCGAAUUGCGUAGAAUUUCUUUUUGAAAACCGCAGAGUCUAACGCGAACCGCGAGUGGGUUAGGAAGUGAAAUUGUGUUUGAGCGCAUAUCAAGAACAAUUGCACAGACUAUAAAGUGAAGUGAGUUAAAGUCCGUUGAGAGCAGAUCAAAAGGAGUGAAACCACGGAACUACCACCCGCCAGACGAAGGACCUACAUCAUCAUUUCAAAGGAUUCCCAACGCAUAUGGGCCUGUAUCCUUUGCUAAGGAUGCACUCUUCAUUAAUCAUCAUAAUGAUAUUCAUUCCCUUUUCCUAUCCCAAAUUUAUCCAACUCCAUGAUAUCACAAAUAAUCCAGGAGCGCUGACUCUCAGUGCGGGAGAGGGCAGAAUUCACGAAGGGUAUAACAGACUUUUUCAUACGGUUGAUUUAAAAGAAUUAGGAACUACGAUAGGAGUAUUAGAGAAUUUAAUUGCAAAAGUUAAUAGUUCAACAGGAAAUUUUAUCAGGUUAAUUAAUCUCAAAUUUAAACAAAUCAAUGAAACAUACAGAGCCCUCCUCCCAAAUUCGAAAAGUAAGCGUUCUAUUGAAAUGCUAGGCAGUGCUAUCAAAUUCAUUACAGGUAACUUAGACGCAGAUGAUUUACGAGAAAUAAACGCAAACAUAAAUGAUAUCAAAAGAUUAGACAAUAAUCUGAUUGUUCAGAAUAAUAAACAAAUUACAAUUAAUCAGGAGUUUCAAAAUCGCUUACAAACCCUAACAGAUGAAAUAAGAAAUCACGAAAAUGUUUUGCUCAAACUAACUUUACAAAGGAAUUACACUGUGAAUGAAAAUGCAAAAAUUAUAAUACUUUUCCAAUUAGACAUUGUACUACAAACUCUAAGAACGCUUGAGAAUGGAAUAGCACUAGCCAAAUUGAAUAUUGUAAACCGUCAAUUAUUGACUAUCAAUGAAUUGAAAAUUAUAGCACAACAAUUAGAGCAGGUAGAUAUUUCAUUAGACAGUUUAGAAGAUGUGUACAAUUAUCUCUCGGUCACGGUGUUCUACCACGGAUAUCAUCUCAUCAUCAGUAUCGACAUUCCCAGAGUAUCAUCUACAAUCUACGAAAGAAUGAUUAUCGAGCAACUACCAAUUAAAAACAAAACCGUCAACAUUGAUUAUCAUACAAUACUUGUGCAUUCUAAUGAAACCAUCGCAGUCUUACAAAACUAUGAACAAAUAGCCAAAACCUACGUUUACAAGAAAAAUCAACUCUUGAAUAUUACCAACGAUUUGUGUAUUGCACCUUUAGUUCGAGGUCGAAGUGGAAAAUGUCCCUUCAAAGAAACACCGCCAGCUACAGAGUACAGGCUUUUGGCCUAUGGUACUUUAAUCGUCAAAGCUACAUUAGAGACGAUUGUAAUGAGUAGCACUUGCGGUAUUAAUCAAAAAGAACUUAAAGAAAACGCAACGAGAUAUCAACAUUCUUCAUAAAAAGCUCGGGACGCGCUUCUCUUCAGGAUGGGCUAGUUAAAGACGGAUCUACAAAAUCACCGAUGCAACCAACAUCAGAAUCAUCAUCAGACGCAUCAAGCUUCCCACGAUCGUUCAUAACCAGCUACCCAACAUUGCACGUGCCGAAGACGACAACAAGGUGUCAUCUUAAGCCAGCCGGCCAGCCGGCCAGCCAGCCAUCCAGCCAUCCAGCCAUC